AUGACAUCUACUCCAGUUUCACGAGGUAAACCAUUACCGUCUGGCGCUGGUCGCCUCAAGGUGCGAACCAACGCUCCAACACGCUUGGAAAUACCCUCUCCGGGGAACACGCUCACGUCCUCAACCUCUGCACCUUCUUCCCUCUCUCCUCUCAUUCUCCCUGCGCCAAACUCUUCGAGCUCAAGUUUGGAGGACGAGGCCACCAGUUUGAAGGCAGAGGAAUUUCAAGAUUUGGAAAGACUAGGCGAGGGUGCCGGUGGAACUGUUAUGAAAGUUUGUCAUAUUCCUACUGGAAAGAUCAUGGCUAAGAAGAAAAUCAACGUUGACCCUAACCAGCAUGUACAUCGUCAAAUUCUCCGCGAGCUCGAGUUUCUCGGCACAUGUCAUUCUCCGCAUAUCGUUACUUACUUUGGAGCACUUUUAGAAGAUGAGGGUUCGUCGGUUGGUAUUUGCAUGGAAUAUUGCGAGGGCGGUAGUCUGGAUGCCAUCUAUAAAUGUGUUAGCAGACGACAGGGAAGGAUUGGCGAGGCAGUACUUGGGAAAAUUGGCGAAGCGGUGUUGAACGGCUUGGUUUAUCUGCACAGUCACAAGAUUAUUCACAGAGACAUCAAACCAUCAAAUAUUUUGGUAACAAAGAAGGGUGUAAUCAAAAUCUGUGACUUUGGUGUCUCUGGGAAUUUGGUAGCGUCCUUAGCACAGACAUUCCUUGGCACUAGUUACUACAUGGCUCCCGAGCGUAUUCAAGGACGUCAAUACAGGGUCUCAGCUGAUGUAUGGUCACUAGGUUUAACCAUAAUGGAAGUUGCAGAGAACAAAUUCCCGUACCCAUCUGUGUUAGGUCCAAUCGAAUUGGUUGCACACAUAACGAAAAUGGAUCCACCUCAACUGAGUAACGAUUGUGAUUGGAGUCAGGACUUGAGAGACUUUUUGCGAGUUUGCUUGGAAAAGGAUGGAGAGAAGCGGCCGACGCCAAAGCAGAUGCUUGAUCAUCCUUUCAUUCAGAGGUCUGCAGCCAGACAAGUAAAUCUUGAGCGAUGGAUUCGACAAGUGUGGGAAUGGUCAGACUAG